AAAGUGAUGAGAUUACCGGUAUUGAUGUCGAUGAGCAUAACAGGAUUAACAUGAACAAAUGUGAUCAGAGCCUAAAUAAAGCAAUUGCACAUGAACUAGCUGGCACCAGCAGAAAAAGAAGGCCAAUGAAAUGCAAGUAUUGCAGCAAGACACUUUCAAAUAGCGAUAAUAAUUGUAAAAUCCAUGAGUGCAUCCAUUCUGGCGAAAAACCAUACAAAUGUAAGCAUUGUAACAAAACAUUUACCCUUGCCACUUAUUGUAAAAAACACGAGGACAUCCAUUCUGGUGAGAAGCCGUAUAAAUGCAAGUAUUGUAGCAAAACAUUUACACUUGCCACUUAUUGUAAGAAACACGAGCACAUCCAUUCUGGUGAGAAGCCAUAUAAAUGCAAGUAUUGCAGCAAAGCAUUUGCACAUAGCAGUGGUUGUACAGUGCAUGAGCGCAUCCAUACUCUUGAGAAGCCAUACAAAUGCAAGUAUUGCAGCAAGACAUUUACAAGUAGCGGUUCUUGUAAAAUUCAUGAGCGCAUCCAUACUGGCGAGAAACCGUACAAAUGUAAGCAUUGUGGUAGGACAUUUGCAGAUGGCAGUGCCUGUAAAAGGCAUGAGCUCAUACAUUCUGCUGAGAAGCCAUACAAAUGUAAGGACUGCAGUAAGGCAUUUAGGAUAAGCACUCAUCUUAGAAGGCAUGAGUGCAUCUAUUCCAGUGAGAAGCCAUACAAAUGUACGCACUGCAGCAAGGCAUUUAUGACAAGCAGUAGUCUUAGAAGCCAUGAACGCAUCCAUUCUUCUGAGAAGCCUUACAAAUGCAAGCAUAGCAGCAAGAGAUUUAAAGAUAGCAGUUAUUGUAGAAGCCAUGAGCGCAUCCAUUCUGGUGAAAAGCUAUACAAAUGCAAGCAUUGCAGUAAGGCAUUUAUACAUAACAGUGCUUUUAGAAGCCAUCAGCGUAUCCAUUCUGGUGAGAAGCCAUUUGAAUGCAAGCAUUGCAAUAAGAAAUUUUUACAUAGGAGCAGUUGGCAAGUGCACGAACGCAAUCAUUCUGGUGAGAAGCCAUUUGAAUGCAAGCAUUGCAGUAAGGCAUUUGUGAGCCGCACUAGUUGUAUAAACCACGAACGUAUCCAUUCUGGUGAAAAACCAUACAAAUGCAAGGUUUGCAAUAAGGCAUUCACAGAAGGAGGUGCUUGUAGAAAACAUGAGAGAAUCCAUUCUGGUGAGAAACCAUAUAAAUGCAAUCAUUGUAGUAAAGCGUUUAGAUUAAAAAGUGGUUGUAGACGGCAUGAACGCAUCCAUUCUGGUGAAAAGCCAUACAAAUGCAAGUACUGUGGGAAAUUCUUCACAUUUAGCAGUAAUUGUAAAAAYCAUGAGCGCAUCCAUUCUGGUGAGAAGCCAUAUAAAUGCAAGCAUUGUGGUAAGGCAUUUUCAGAUUGCAGUUCUUGGAGAAAUCAUGAACGUGUCCAUACUGGUGAGAAGUUAUUCAAAUGUAUGCAUUGCAGCAAGGCAUUUAGACAAAGUAGUACUUGUAGAAGCCAUGAACGUCUUCAUUCUGGUGAGAAGCCAUUUAAAUGCAAGCAUUGUAGUAAGACAUUUGCGGCACGCCAUACUUGUAGAACCCAUGAACUCAUCCAUUCUGAUGAGAAGCCAUUCAAAUGUAAGCAUUGCAGCAAGACUUUUACACAAAUUGGUUCUUGUAGAACACAUGAGCGCAACCAUUCUGGUGAGAAGCCAUUCAAAUGCAAGYAUUGCAGCAAGACUUUUACACAAAUCAGUUCUUGUAGAACCCAUGAGCGCAACCAUUCUGGUGAGAAGCCAUUCAAAUGCAAGUAUUGCAAUAAGGCAUUCAAACAAAAAGGUAAUUGUAAGAAACACGAKUGCAUCCAUUCUGGUGAGAAGCCAUGCAAAAACCAAGUAUCACAGUGAGGUAUUCAGACAAGAGGAAAUCCUAUAUUGCACAAUCCAGUCAGGAGAUGCAGUCGUGAUUGUAAAACCCAUG